UCAUAAUACCAGACAACAGACAAGAGAUGCUCAGUCUUGGCUCGGACGCCACACUAUAAACAACAAAUUUUUUUCUAAUUAAAAAGACAACGAAACGAUUAACAGAAACCGUUUGAAUUGGAAAAAAUUUGAAUUUGAAAAAACAAAAUUAAAAACAAACGAAACGUUUGUUGUGUUGUUGUGUUCAGAGUACAAUAAAACGUGCAAUAUUAAUUAAUAUUGAAUAAAAAAAAGAAAGAAAUAUAACGUGUAAUUUCUUUAUUAAUAAUAGAUUUUUAUUGAACAGUAACUAAACGUAUUAAAAGCUACAAAAUGCCCGAAUUAACUCCUGUACAAGAAUACUAUAAAGGCAAAACCAUAUUCAUUACCGGUGCCUCCGGUUUUAUGGGUAAAGUUUUGUUGGAAAAACUCUUAUACUCCUGUCAUGAGCUAAAAGAAAUUAUCAUGAUCUGUCGUCCCAAAAGAGGCAAGACUCCUGAAUCACGUUUAGAGGAUAUGUUUAAAUUGCCCAUCUUCCAACGUAUCAAAGAGGAAAGACCACAUGUUUUGAAAAAGGUAACCAUUUAUCAAGGUGAUGUUACCUACGAAAUGUUGGGCUUAUCGGGCGAAAAUCUUAAGCAUGUCUGCGAUAACACUAACAUUGUUUUCCACAUGGCAGCCACUUUAAAAUUGGAGGGCAAUUUAAAAGAUGCCAUUGAUAUGAAUUUAGCUGGCACUAGACGUGCCUUAGAUGUGGCCAAACAAAUGAAAAACUUGGAAGCAUUUGUACAUCUAUCGACGGCCUUCUGUAAUUGUGAUCAGGAAGUAAUGUAUGAAAAGGUUUACGACUUCCCUCACAAACCCGAAGAUCUUAUGCGCUUGGCCGAAUGGAUGGAUUUGAAGACAUUGGAGAAUAUUACACCCGAUUUGUUGAAACCACAUCCCAACACUUAUACGUAUUCGAAACGUUUGGCUGAGUUAUUUAUACGUGAUCAUUACGAGACAAUGCCAGUGAUCAUUGCUCGUCCAAGUAUUGUAUCACCAUCGGCCUAUGAGCCUGUACCUGGCUGGGUGGACAAUCUAAAUGGACCCACCGGACUAAUGGUGGGCGCUGGCAAAGGUGUUAUACGCUCCAUGUUAAUCGAUACAUCGCACAAAUCUGAGGUUAUACCUGUGGAUUAUGCCAUCAAUGGUUUGGUUGUAAUACCCUAUGAAUUCUGCACGAAACCACGAUUUUACAGCCCGGAGGAGAUACCGAUUUAUAAUAUCACUUGCGCCGAGAGACGUAAAGUACCGUGGGGCAUUGUUAUAGAAUUGAGUAAAAAAAUUGGCUAUCAAUAUCCCAUGGAAACCGGUUUAUGGUAUCCGGACGGUUGUAUAACCACAAAUCGUUUACAUCAUCAAAUUAAUGUCAUACUCUUUCAUUGGCUGCCAGCCUACUUUAUUGAUUUCAUAUUGUUUUUAUUAGGUCAAAAACGAUUUAUGAUUCGUGUGCAAAAUCGUGUACAAAUCGGUUUAGGGGUUUUACAAUUCUUUACCAUGCGCGCCUGGAAUUUCAAAUCAAAAGCCUAUGAAUUAUUAUGGGAGAAUUUAAGCGAAGAAGACAAAAUAAUAUUCAACAUGAAUAUGGACACAGUCGAUAAUAUAGAAGAAUAUAUGAUAUCUUGCAUACAAGGUGGUCGUCAAUAUUUGAUGAAAGAAUCACCCGAUACUCUACCCAAAGCGAGAAGACAAUUAAAAUUCAUGUAUUUACUUGAUCGAACUUGCAAGGCCGUAUUUUUGGGUCUUCUCUGUUAUUGGACUUAUAAUUUUGUUAAGCCUCUAGUGAUAUCACCAGCUGCUUAUGAACCCUUACGUGGUUGGGUUGAUAACCUUAACGGUCCCACUGGUCUUAUGAUCGGUUGCGGUAAAGGUGUUAUACGUUCCGUAUUGGUAGAUGAGAAUAAUAAAUCGGAAGUUAUACCCGUUGAUUAUGCCAUUAAUGGCUUAAUUGUUAUACCCUACGAGUUUAACAAAGGCAAAAGACCUGCUGAGGUUCCCGUUUAUAAUAUCACCAAUGCUGAACAUCGUAAAAUGUUGGGCGGUACUGUCAUCGAAAUGAGCAAACGCAUUAAUAAGGAAUAUCCCUUUAAUGCCGGUCUUUGGUAUCCUAAUCCCACGGUGACCACAAAUAAAUUAUAUCAUCAGUUCAAUGUCCUUAUGUUCCACUGGUUGCCAGCCUAUUUCUUGGAUUUCCUUAUGCUGAUUUUCGGCCAAAAGAGAUUCAUGAUUAAAAUUCAAAACAAAAUUGCUACUGGUCUAGAGGUUUUGCAAUUCUUUACUUUGCAUCCCUGGAAUUUCAAAUCAGAUAAUUAUGGUGCCUUGUGGAAAAAUUUAACACCAAAAGAUAAGGAAAUCUUUAACAUGAACAUGGAUCCCAAAGAAACUGAAGAGGAAUAUUUGAUUAACUGUGCCAAGGGCGCUCGUCUCUUUAUUUUGAAAGAGAAAUUGGAAGAUUUGCCUAAGGCUAGACUUCACAUGAAAAUCCAAUAUGUGGUCGAUAAAGUUUGCAAAACUUUAAUUGUGGGUCUUUUCUUGUACUAUGGUCGAAUGACGCCUGCAUUUCAAGAACCUUUACCGGGUUGGGUGGAUAAUUUAAAUGGUCCCACGGGUGUUAUGAUAGGAGCCGGCAAAGGUGUUAUACGUUCUAUGCUGUGUAAUGGGGAAUUAAAAUCGGAAGUAAUACCAGUGGAUAUAGCUAUAAAUGGUUUAAUUGUUAUACCCUAUUAUGUGAAUCAAUUGAAGGAGAGACCCGCCCAUUUACCCAUAUUCAAUUUGACUGUGCAUGAAUCCCAGAAACGCACCUGGAAAUGGGUUAUGGAUAAGGGAAGGGAGUUUGCUGAAAAAUAUCCUUUUGAAGUCGGUCUUUGGUAUCCAGAUGGAAAUAUGACCAGUAAUAAAUAUUAUCACUGGUUCUGUGUCGUCUUGUUUAUGUGGUUACCAGCCGUUUUGGUGGAUUGUUUGUUGACCCUAUUUCGUCAGAGGAGAUUCAUGGUCCGUGUUCAAAAACGUAUUGCCACCGGUUUAGAAGUUUUACAGUUUUUCACUACACGUGCCUGGGAUUUUAAAUCGAAUAAUUUCCGAGAACUUUAUAAGUUGCUAACAGAAGAAGAGAAGAAAAUUUUCAAAAUCAACACGGAAGAUAUCGACGAUUCCGAUUAUUUAAAGAGUUGCAUUUUGGGUGGUCGCCAAUAUGUUGUGAAAGAACCUUUAUGUACUUUACCCAAGGCUCGUGUACAAUUAAAAUGCAUGUACGUUUUGGAUCGUGUUUGCAAAACCAUUAUCUGUUGCUAUUUCGUCUAUUGGUUAAUUACAAAACUUGGAGUUAUGGACUUUAUAAAUGAUAUAUUUGGCUGAUUAUUUUGUUAAGAAUUUUGUGUUUUAAUUUAAGAUCUUAUAUACGUAUCAUCACUAUCAUUUAUUUCCGUUUAGAGUAUUCAUUUCAUUUGUACAAUAUGGUAUUUUGCAAUCUAUGUUACAGUUAACCUUACCUAAAGGAUCUGCGUUUCUUUUGAUAGACAUCUAGGUAUUUAACAUGUUUUAUUAAAUUUUAUUAAAGAGUAUUACAUUAUUUUACCCUUGGGCUCAAUAUAAUCAUCAUAACCUCAUCAUUAUAUAAUUAUUUGUUAAUUGUUUUGUAUAUAUCUAAUUAAAUAUGAUAUUCUUGUAUUAUUUUUUGUUGGUGUU